UCUCCUAUUAUCAUUCUUAGAAAUUCAUUAGUCGUUUUAUCAGUUUGGAAAGAUCCUUUCAAGAAACUUAGGUCUUCGCCUUCUAACCGCAUCUUCGUAUCCAUGGCAAUUGCCGAUCUUCUGGUGGGUUUAGUGGUGUGUCCAUUAAUGGUGUACUGGAGCUGGGCUAUUUUUCAGCAGGAAAAACUGACGUCAGUGCUUAAAUCCUUUUUUGUCUUGACAGAUGUUAGUUCGGGACACGUGUUACUUCUCACUGUAGACAGGGUAUUUGCUUCAGUGACCCCUCUGCAGUAUCGAGUUAAGGUAACAAAUAAACGAGUUCGCAUCGCGAGUGUCACAUGUUGGGCGUAUUUCAUACUCUUUGGAUGUGCAUUUGGUUUGUGGGGAAAAGGAUACAUCAUUCUGGUGACGAUAUUCACUGCCCAAAGCCUCUUCAUUCUUAUAAGCAUUUUGGUUUUAAACUUGGUCAUUUUAUUUGCUUUUCGAAAGCACCGCAAGACUACAGCAGCACAAGCCCAGUCGACGGCAAAUAGCGAAAUAAUGCUUCAAAGGGAAAGCAAACUAUCCAAGGCCAUCGCAAUCGUGAUCUCUGCGUUUCUCAUAUGCUCUGUGUAGUGUUCUGCAUUCUUGUUAGCCACACCCUAACCGCAGAUUAUAGCAAGAUAUCAUUGUACAUGUAAAUAGUUGAUUGAGUUGUAAUAAAGCGGUUGUGUAAAGCACUUGGCCUGAUUCAUUUUGUACGAACCCAAACUACACAACACUCUCUGCCGAGGUAUAUAGUGCAGUUUUUGAUGUACUUUUGCACUUCAUGCAGCCGCCAUUUAUGGUUGUUGCUGUUGGGUCCUACAGUGACGGCUGCUUUAUUGUAUGUUAAUUCUGGAGUAAAUCUAUUUUUAUACGCAUGGCGGCUUCCCCGAAACCGAGAAACCUUUAACCACUUUUGGAAAAAUCGGCAAGAGUGUUGCUUUAGUCAAAACAGCCCAAGCGAAAACUAUGUUUGUGAAACAAGACUUUAAUGAUUUAAGGAGAAGGCUGAGUGAGUGUGUGUAGAAUCCCAGUUGACUUGUUUCCUAAAUAUUGCUCUGCCACAGAAAUGCAAAUGUCAAGCUUCCAAGAUCAACUUCCGUGACUAAUAACUAUUGGUAGCCGCCAUCAAUCAGGUGCUCUUACCGAUGUAAACCCGGCAAAACGUUUUAUUACACAAAUGCGACUAAGAAGCCAUCUACACACGAAAGAUGCAAUUAGAUUAGAUAAGAACGGAGCGUUAUAGUACCCACCUACGGAAAUAAUAACACUCACAUAAAUGUUUAGUAUUUCUCUAUAAAUAAUGAUUCUGGUGAAGUAUUAAUUAAAAAUGAUAAGGAUUCUGCGUGAAAGUACUGUAAGAGAUUCUGAGUUCAAUUGCAUUUCAGUGUUUACACAGAUUUUCUCACAAAGAUUUGAGACUUGGCCAAUAGUGCAGCGAAGAAAUAUUUUUGAUUUUUUAAAGAAGGCCAUUCAAGUCUGUAAAACCUGAUAAAUAAAUCGCUGACACAUGUAUUUUGUUUCAGAAAAUAAUAUCUUUUGGUAAUUAACCUUAACGAAGAAACUUUAUAUGUGCACUGUGAAAGUGGGAAAUGACUUCGUUUUUCUCAUAUUGAUUUUAGGAAAACGAUGAAGCGAAAACAGAUUUAAAAUUGUCGAGUUUUUCUUGCUGUAAUCAUGCGAACCUUGAUACUUUAUGUGUGUUCGCAGCAGUGGAUUACGGGUAAAGUCAGUCAGCAUUCAGAUUUUCCUACAGGACACUCGCAAAUGGCCUAUCAUUUGACAUGUUAUUGCGUGUAUUAUGCGCCCUAAAAACGAGUUGAGUCAUUCUAAACUUGUCAGGUAAAAAUAUUGUCAAAAAUCUACCGCUAAAACACAAGCAAACACACGCGCAGAAUAUUCACACUGUUAUCUUUAAUCUAAUAAUUUUGCAAUGAAGUCUUGGUCUUUGACUCCUCGGUACAAUAUACAUGUAAACAUACCAGGUCCAAAAAAGUAAUAUUAACUUCAAACAGAACGAGAUAGAAAUCUAUUUAUUAUCCGUGCGGUCGGUAAAAUCGCGCAGAAUAACGAUCAUGGAGUUAUCAGCAUCAAGGAAGAACUGAAGUCUACCCCAGCGAUUAUUGCUCGCUCAGGUCACCGAAAGGUUAUUUCAAAAUAACAAAAUCCAAAGGCGCACUAACAGCAUAUACAAUUACGGAAAAGAAGUGAACGUCCACAAAUUACAAGAGAAUUUAAACAAGAGACAUGACUACCAAAUAGUUUACAUUUGGACAACACAUGAAUCAUUAAAUCUUUUUAUUGUUCAAAUGACAAGUAACUUUCUUUCUAGUUCUUCUCUUGAUUCAAGAGAUGAGGUCAGCUGUAAACUGAUCACGAAACUAGAGUGAUUUAAUAGGUCUGCCAUAACUUGAUUGGAUGGUUGAAGGAGGUUUCUUUGUUUAAUGACUAUGACGUCGUAAGACAUCGCUCACCCGAAGUUAACACUGUAGCAUUUUAAUUUGACACGAUUCGAAUAUAUACCACCCAACCUACAGCAUUAGUAUAUGGGCUUGACCAAAACAGCAUUUUAAUUUGACUCAUAUCACUCAACAUACUGCCUUGGUAUAUUGAUCUGACCAGAAAAACUGAAAUUUUAGAGUUUUAGGCGACGUUUGGCUGACUGGGGGGAAUUCAAAGACCAUAUCAAUGACUAUUUUUAUUCCUUCGAUGGUCAUGUCUCCAGUUAUCGUUUGUGGAAACUUACUGGUCGUUUUAUCAGUUUGGAAAGAUCCGCUGAAGAAACUCAAGUCUUUGCCAUCUAAUCGCAUCAUCGCAUUGAUGGCAAUUGCCGAUUUUCUUGUCGGUGUAGUCGUGUGUCCGUUAAUGGUGUACUGGGGCUGGGCCAUUUUCCACAACAAAAACCUCACUUUUCCAGUGCUGAACGCUUUUUCCGUCUUAGUGGAUGUUAGUGCGCGACACGUUCUGCUCCUUACUGUCGACAGGGUAUUUGCUUUAGUAACCCCUCUCCAGUAUCGAGUUAAUGUAACAAACAGACGAGUUUGUAUCGUAAGUAUUGCAUGUUGGGCAUAUUUCAUACUCUGUGGAUGUGCAUUUGGUUUGUGGGCAAGAGAAGAUCUCAUUCUGGGAAUAAUCUUUAAUUUACAAAGCCUCUGCAUUCUUAUAGGCAUAUUGGUUUUAAAUUUGGUCAUUCUAUUUGCCUUUCGCAAGCACCGCAAGACUAUAGCAGCACAAGCCCAGUCGACGGCAAAUCGCCAAAUGAUGCUUCAAAGGGAAAGGAAACUAUCCAAGGCCAUUGCAAUCGUUAUCUGUGCGUUUCUUGUAUGCUUCGUACCGUGGUUUGUAGUGCAGUUUUUGUUCUAUUUUUGUGCACCAUGUACUCGUCAAUUAUCGCGGUUGAUGUUAGUUUAUACAUCGACUGCUGCGUUAUUUUUUGCCAAUUCCGGAGUAAACCCAUUUUUGUACGCGUGGCGGCUUCCCCGGUACCGAGAUACGUUCAAAUACUUUUUGAAAAAUCGGAGAGAGUGCUGUUUCAUUAAAAAGAGCCAAGUUGAAAACUUUGCCUAUGAAACAAGGUUGUGA